AUGAAGUCCCUCGCUACUCUCCUCUUCCCAGCCGCGGCUGCGGCCCUGCCCGGUCUCAACUUCCCCGGCGGCUCCAGCGCCGGCGCGGGUCCGGAUCCCAGCCAGGUCACCAUCGCGGCGGCAAGUUUCAGUGGGAACGGCUGCCCCCAGGGCACCGUAUCCACCUCGUUUAGCUCCGACAAGACCGUCGUCACCUUCGGCUUCGAUGCCUUCCAGACCUACAUUGGCCCGGGUACUGUCGUCGCUGACCGAACCAAGAACUGCCAGCUCCACCUGACGCUCAACUACCCCGGAGGCUUCCAGUUCGCCGUGCUCGACAGCACCUACCACGGCUACGCCCAGCUGGACACUGGCGUCACGGGCACGUUCCUGAGCACCUACUACUUCUCCCAGGAUGCCACCGCCACAACCACCACAAAAACUUCCAUCACGGGUGGCGGACUCUGGGCUGCGGGCCAGGUUUACACCAAGAACGACCAAGUUCCCACCGCCAGCGUCAUCUACUCGCCAUGUGGAGCCCAAGGCAUCCUAAACAUCAACAACCGCAUCGCCCUGACUUCGACCAACAGCUCGGCCUCCGGCUCAGUGACCGACGACGAUGCAACCGUCGCUUUCACCCAGCAGGUGCACCUCAGCUGGCAGAAGUGUUGA